AUGAAGACCCAAAGCCUUGCUCUUUUCGCUGCGUCGCCGCUCAUUGCGUUGGCAGCAGGUGACGCAUACGUCUGGCCGUCUCCUCAUGAUGAGCUGGAGGAUAUUCUCUACCUGCAGAGCGGAUAUCUGGCGCGCAACUUUAUCGCGGGUGUGACACCCUGCACCCUGGGCGGCAACGUCAAGGGACGCCAGAAUGCAGCCGAAUGGAUCCGAACAGCGUUCCACGACAUGAUCACGCAUGAUGUCGAGGCUGGUACCGGUGGUGUCGACGGGUCCAUCUGGUUCGAGCUGAACCGUGCCGAAAAUGGUGGCCUCGCCUUCAACAACACGUUCAACUUCUUCAACUACCUGUACUCGUCCCGGGCCUCGGCGGCGGAUCUCCUCGCCAUGAGCGUGAUCGUCUCGCACGCCGGCUGCGGGGCGCAGACGAAGAUCCCCUUCCGACACGGUCGAAAGGAUGCCGCGCAGGCCGGCCCCGCGGGUGUGCCCGAAGUCGACACGUCGAUCGGCACCACCAUGGCGCGGUUCGCGACGGCCGGCCUCAGCCAGCAGGACAUGAUCACGCUCGUCGCCUGCGGUCACUCGCUCGGCGGCGUGCACAGCAACAACCACCCGCAGAUUGUCGAGGGAGACAGCAGCAUCUGGAACGACACGGUGGUGAACUUUGAUGAUACGACCAACAAGUUCGACAACCGCAUCGCCAAGGAGUACGUCUUCGGCGUUACCAAGAACCCGCUCGUCGUGGGCAGGAACAACAGCCUCAACUCGGACAAGCGGAUCUUCAGCUCCGACGGUAACAAGACCAUCAGCGAGCUGGCCUGCCACUCGUCAACGUUUGAGAAGCGAUGCGCCAACAUCUUCACGCGCAUGAUCGACACAGUCCCCGAUCAGGUCAAGCUGUCGGAGCCGCUCGAGGCCAUUGAUGUGAAGCCAUACAUUGUCGAUCUAUUCCUGAACGACCAGGGCUCGCUGACUUUCAACGGCCGUGUUCGCGUCAGGACCACCGGAGGCAGCCGGAGCCAGGCUGACCUCGCUGUCCAGCUGGCCAUGACGGACAACGCAGGCUCAGGCACGAAUAUUAUCGAGGCUGCGUAUGCUGGCGACACAAGGGGCCUGUACGGCGAAACAUUUGCGUUUUACGAGUUCAACACGACGGUGAACGCGGCCAAGGGUGUCCGCAAGUUCGAUAUUCGCCUGACAACGCCCUCGAGCGGCAAGGUCGAGACCCACGCCAACGGUGGCCAGGGCUACCCAGUGGACGACUCGCUCCUUUUCCAAAAGGCGGCGUCAUGCGUGUCUCGGACGAGCACGGCAACUUCCGCUCGGCGACCAUCACGGUGGCGGCAGAGCGUCAUUGUGAGGUCAAUGUCGGUCGACAGGAUUGCGUUCCCGUCUGCCGCCGGCGAGGAGAGGGGUGACUGGGUCAUUUUCAAGGCGCCGAUCCAGCUCGCGAGCGCGGCUUGGAGCACUACAUAUGACAUUGUGCAAGGAGGAGAGGGCGGCUCGAAGAUUGAGUUCAUCCGGACGGAGCUGUGCCCGCGCGCUUAA